AUGUCGCAGCGUCUCUUGAAGCUCUUCCAUGUCGCUAUCACACAGCAUGUUCCCAGAAUACUUGCACGGGCCCCGAUGAUUAUGCCGAAAUACCCAAGCACUGCACGCCUCCUGUCUUCCUCUCAUGCUGUUCUGAAGAAAAGUAAAGGUGGCAACAGCACUGUCAAGAAUACUGAGCCUAUGGACGUGACGCCACAAUUAGAUCUUGAUGGAGUCGUCACCCAGAUGUUUAGUGCUGUUAAACAUUGUAGCGAGACUGUCCGAUCUAUGGUUGGCUCUCUUGGGCGUAUUGAUGCAUCUAUUUUGGAUGAUGUGCGUGUAUCGACAGGCAAGGGUGUGAAGCCCACGCCAUUGCACGACUAUGCAACAGUGGGAGUCCGUGACGAUGUCCUUGUCAUCACAGCGUUUGAUUCUUCUUCGUUAAAGCACAUCGAGAAGGCUGUUUAUGCAUUAGGCAGAGACUUGGCGCCUCAAAUUAUGCCUGAUGAAGAAGAUGUCAUGAUCGUUCAUGUCCCUAAACCCACAGGAGAAACGCGUAAAAUGCUACUACAAAGGUGUAUAAAGGAAUGCGACCAUGCCAAGACAAAGCUUAGAUCGGUACGUCAGGCUGCACAGAAGCACAUGAAACAUGAUAUGGAUAAUAAAUUGUUAAGCAAAAAUGAUUCGCAAAGAGAAGCAAAGAAGCUGGAGGACAUUACAAAGAAGCAUUCCGCUCUCAUUGACCAGCUUGUAUCGGACGCGCAGAAGCGCCUCUUAAACUAA